CGUACGUUGUGCAAAAGGGACUUAGGUAUGUAUAUAACUGUGAUAUAAAUAAAUACAUUGAUAACCGCUACUCGUGUAUUGCUUCUUUGAGACUACCUCAACGUUUGCAUAAUUGUUUGUCGAUGCUUCUGAAAUUUGCAUCCUUCCACUUCCAUCUUCUUCUCCUUCUCCUUCUUAAGCUUGUGGCUUCUUCUCCUACGACUGAAGAACACUUCACAUUCAAUGGAUUCUCUGGAGCCAACCUCACCCUCGACGGCAUCGCGACGGUAUCCUCCGACGGCCUCUUAAUCUUGACAAACACCUCAGUGCAACACAAAAGCCACGCCUUCCAUCCUUCCCCUCUCUGCUUCCGCCGCAACCUCUCCGAUGGUAGCAUCCCCUCCUUCUCCAGCACCUUCGCCUUCGCCAUCGUCCCGACCGGGAACGGCGACGUUGGCGGCCACGGGAUCGCCUUUGUAAUAACCCCCUCGAUGAACUUCUCCAAAGCCUUAGCCGGCCAGUACCUUGGCUUAUUCAACAUGAGCAACAACGGCGACGCCGCCAACCAUGUCGUCGCCGUCGAGGUCGACACAAUUCUCAACCUUGAGUUCCAAGACAUCAACGACAACCACGUCGGGAUCGACAUCAACGGGCUGCGGUCCGAAGAAUCUCGUGCUGCCGGGUACUAUGCGGAUGAUACCGGAGAAUUCAAGAGCUUGACCCUUAUCAGUGGCAACGCCAUGCAAGUGUGGGUCGACUACGACGGCGCAGAUGCGAAGUUGAACGUUACGCUCUCCACUAUAAACGCAAUUGGAACGCCGACGACGAAACCUACCAAACCGUUGAUAUCGUCCGCGGUCAACCUCUCCACCGUGCUGUCAGACUUGCCCGUGCACGUGGGCUUCUCCACGGCGACGCACCCCAUGCUGACGUCACAAUACGUCCUCGGAUGGAGCUUCGCCAUGAACGUAGGUCAGGCUCAGGCCCCGCCCCUCGACUACUCGAAGCUGCCCGCGAUCCCCCGCACGAAUCUCAAAGGCCAUAGAUCGAGGGCUCUGGGUCUCUGGUUGGCCGCGGCUUCUUUAGUUUUAGUGCUGCUGGUGAUGUUUGUGGCGUUCGCGGCGGCGCGGUGGCGGAGCAAGUACGCGGAGCUUCGCGAGGAUUGGGAGAUGGAGUUCGGGCCCCACCGGUUCUCGUACCGAGACCUCUUCCGAGCCACCAACGGCUUUAGGGAGAGGGAGCUGCUAGGAGCCGGCGGCUUCGGCAAGGUCUACAGAGGAACGUUGCCGACUUCACGGGCGGAGGUGGCGGUGAAGAGGGUAUCCCACGAGUCGCGGCAGGGGAUGAGGGAGUUCGUGGCGGAGAUCGCCAGCAUCGGCCGCCUCCGCCACCGCAACAUCGUGCAGCUGCUCGGCUACUGCCGCCGCAGAGGGGAGCUUCUCUUGGUCUACGACUUCGUCCCCAACGGUAGCCUUGACAAAUACCUGCACUACGGCCGGGCUCAUAAGCCUGCUCUCGGGUGGUCGCAAAGGUUCCGAAUCUUGAAGGGGGUUGCGAAGGGGCUCCUCUAUCUUCACGAAGAGUGGGAGCAAGUCGUUGUGCACAGAGACAUCAAGGCGAGCAAUGUGCUGCUGGACGGCGACAUGAACGCCAAGCUUGGGGAUUUCGGUCUCGCGAGGCUGUACGAUCACGGCACCGAUCCGCAGACCACCCAUGUGGUGGGGACGACAGGUUAUCUCGCGCCUGAGCUUGUAAGGAGUGGGAAGGCGACCACCGCCACCGACGUGUUCGCUUUUGGAGUUUUCAUCUUAGAGGUUGCUUGCGGGCGGAGGCCGUUGGAGCAAUCGACCGUCGGCCAGCAGGGGGAGCAAUUCCUAUUGGUGGAUUGGGUGGUCGAGAACUGGCAGACGGGCUCGAUUCUCGAUACGGUGGAUGCCGGAUUUGGAAGAGAGUACGCGAAGGAGGAGGCGGAGAUGGCGCUGAAGCUGGGGCUGAUGUGCUCGCACCCGCACCCGUCGGCGCGGCCAAGCAUGCGGCUGGUCGUGCAGUACUUGGAGGGCCACGAGCCCCUCCCGGAGCUGUUUCCGGCUUAUCUCUGCUACACCAAAUUUUCGUUGCCUCACAGUGUAGGUUUUGAUUACUAUGUUUCCUCCUAUCCAUCUUCCGUGCUAAGUGCAUCUACUCUGUCCGGAGUUGGUCCGAUUUGCUGGCCCAACACAUUUACAUCCCUAAUGCCUCCUAGAGAUGAUGGGCUCUUGGGAGAUGGUCGUGCACAUGAUAUAACGCCGUAUAAAGAUGAGAUAAGCAAACUGACAAGUCAAUGUUGCAAAAGGCCAUAUAUAGAACUAUUACUCUGCUACAAAUACAUUAACUGCUCUUCAGAAAUUGCUUAUCUGAGACUACUGACAAGGUUUUGCAUAACCAUUUUAUCCAUGCUACUGAAGGUUUCAUUCUUCUUCUUCCUUCUUCAUUUCCUUCUCGGAAAGCUUGUAGUUUCUUCUCCCACUGAAGAAGAAUUCACCUUCAAUGGAUUCUCCGGAGCCAACCUCACCCUCGAUGGCUUGGCGACGGUAUCCUCCAACGGCCUCUUAAUCCUAACAAACAACACAAAACGACAAAAAGGCCACGCCUUCCAUCCUUCCCCUCUCAACUUCCGCGGCAACCUCUCCGACGAUAGCGAUGUCCCCUCCUUCUCCACCACAUUCGCCUUUGCCAUCGUCUCUGAGUAUGCCGACGUCGGCGGCCACGGGCUGGCCUUUGUAAUUGCCCCCUCGAAAAACUUUUCCAACGCCGCAGUGGCCGAGUACUUGGGCUUAUUCAACAAGAGCAGCAACGGCAAGGCCACCAACCAUGUCGUUGCCAUCGAGCUCGACACGAUACUCAGCCCCGAGUUCCAGGACAUCGACAACAACCACGUCGGGAUCGACAUCAACGGGCUGCGAUCCUACACGGCCCACACUGCUGGUUACUACACGGACGAUACCGGAGAGUUCAGGAACUUGACCCUCAUCAGUGGCAACGCCAUGCAAGUGUGGGUCGACUACGACGGCGUAGAUGUGAAGCUGAACGUUACGCUCUCACCUGUGAAUGCAACUGGAAAGCCAACGACGAAGCCGACUGAACCGUUGAUAUCGUUCGCGGUCAACCUCUCCACGCUGCUGCUUGAUCGGCCCAUGUUCGUGGGCUUCUCAGCAUCAACGGGCUCGGUGCUGACGUCACACUACGUCAUCGGAUGGAGCUUGGCCAUGCACGCAGGUCAGGCCCCGCCGCUUGACUACUCGAAGCUGCCCGCGAUCCCCCGCACGAAUCUGAAAGGCCACAGCUCGAGGGUUCUGGGCCUCUGGUUGGCUGUGGCUUCCUUAGUUUUCGUGCUGCUGGCGACCGUUGUUGCCAUCGCGGUGGUGAGGUGGCGGAGCAAGUACGCAGAGCUGCGCGAGGAUUGGGAGGUGGAGUUCGGGCCCCACAGGUUCUCGUACAGAGACCUCUUCCGAGCCACCAACGGGUUCGGCGAGAGGGAGCUACUGGGAGUCGGGGGCUUCGGGAGGGUCUACAGAGGAACGUUGCCGAAUUCUGGAGCGGAGGUGGCCGUGAAGAGGGUCUCCCACGAGUCGCGGCAGGGGAUGCGGGAGUUCGUGGCGGAGAUUGUCAGCAUCGGCCGCCUCCGCCACCGCAACAUCGUGCAGCUGCUCGGCUACUGCCGCCGCAAGGGGGAGCUUCUCCUGGUCUACGACUUUGUCCCCAACGGUAGCCUCGACAAGUACCUGCACGAUUGCAGGGCUCAAAAGCCGGCUCUUGCUUGGUCGCAGAGGUUCCGAAUCUUGAAGGGCGUUGCUACGGGGCUUCUUUAUCUUCACGACGAGUGGGAGCAAGUCGUUGUGCACAGAGACAUCAAGGCAAGCAAUGUGCUGCUGGACGGCGAGAUGAACGCCAAGCUGGGGGAUUUCGGUCUCGCUAGGCUGUACGAUCACGGCGCCGAUCUGCAGACGACCCACGUGGUGGGGACGAUGGGUUAUCUCGCGCCGGAGCUCCCAAGGACGGGGAGGGCAACCACAGCGACCGACGUGUUUGCUUUCGGAGUUUUCCUCUUAGAGGUUGCUUGCGGGCGGAGGCCGUUGGAGCAAUCGACCGCGGGCUCGCAAGGGGAGCAAUUCCUCUUGGUGGAUUGGGUGGUCGAGAACUGGCGGAAGGGUUCAAUUCUCAAUACGGUGGAUGCCCGAUUAGGAGGAGAGUACGCGAGGGAGGAGGCGGAGAUGGUGCUGAAGCUGGGGCUGAUGUGCUCGCACCCGCGCCCUGCGGCACGGCCGAGCAUGCGGCUGGUGGUGCAGUACUUGGAGGGUCGUGCACCGCUGCCGGAGCUGUCGCCGGCUUGCCUCUGCUUCACCGAUCUAUCAUUACCUCACGACGACUGCUUUGAUGAUUAUGUUAUCUCAUAUCCGUCUUCGGUGCCAACUGCAUCUACUCUCUCCGGAGGAAGAUGAAUAUUAGCCGUGUAUGUAAGAAUAAAUAAUAAUAAUAAUAAUAAUAAUAAUAAAUUUAAUUUGUAUAAAAAAAUUAAUAGUUUUGUAUUUUUUAUAAGUAAAUUAUUUUUAUAGAUUUUACGGAUAUGAAUUUAUUGAUCUGAAUUAUUAAUAAACUGAUCAAAUUAUUUUUAUUCUUCCUUCUCUCUUUUGUUGUUCUCGUCUCCUUCCUGCUUCCUCUCCCCCACCACGUAGACCUCGCGCUUCUAGGAAUGUAAAACGUGGUCGUCGGGCUUUGGCACGAUUACGAGCCGUGUCUACAUAGGUCACGGUUCUGUAGAACUCGUACUGGGAGAGCCCGGCCCGAUAUCUUGGGUCGUGCUGGGCCAACCAAUGGGGUCCGUCGACUCGGUACGACACGGUCUGUGUUAAAUCUUGGCCGUGCCAGGCCGACAAUUUGUUCCGAGGACUGGCCCCGGGGGAUCUUGGGGAGUUAGGGAGCCAUUCGUCCCCGCAAAUCCCAAACUGGGCCUUUGCCGGCUCCCCAACUCCCUAGGCAGACUUUUCUGAAAAAAAGAUAUUUUUUAAAUUAUAAAUUUUUUAUAAAAUUUUAAAAUUAUUUUAAAAUUUUAUUAUUUUAUAAAUAUUUUUAUAAAUUUUAUUUUUUUUGUUAACAUAUUAGUUGAAAAAAAUUAUUUUAAUUUUGUUAUUUUUAAAAGAAAAUUAUAUAUUUUAUUGGAUCACGGCAUGUGCCAUCCAGCCAUCCAGGUCGAAGCAAUGAUUGGAUCAACACCCCCAAAAUCUGAAACAAGGUGGUUGGCAAGUGACCAUCGUGAGGCAAUAUAUAAAGGUACCUGUUUCUCCACAGGAGAGGAGGAGAGGAGAUGGGCUUCGCGCAAAAUCCCUUAUCAGCGCAGAUGAUGCCUACUCUAACUACAAGCCGCUGAGUUGGAAAUGUAAAUGUGGGAACUUGAUCUUUAAUCCGUGAUCUUUCAAUGUAUCACACAUAAGUGGAAUUGUGAAUAGUUAGUUGAGAAUUUGUAAGCGAGAUUC